UCUUUGUUUUCUGAGUAAUUAUCUUUUUAAUUAAUGGCGACAGAGGCGUGAAUUCCUCCCUGCCACCUUCUUCAGCUCUUUCCCUUUUCACCGCUGCUAGAGACACCUGAAACCAAUUAAUUACAACUGAUCUAGUUGUGCAUUAGACACAAAAAGAGCUGAAGUGAUUAGAUGUAAAUACAAAGAGAGUAAAAGGCGACCAAGAGAACGGAGAGGGUGAAAGAGAUCCCGCUGGUCAACCUAUUUGAUAAAAGGGAGGAUCAGAGGGCAGUGGAGGAUAUGGCCAGAUUAAGGUGCCAACACGCUAAGAUAAUAACUAGUUGUGAGUCAGUGGGAAAGAUUGACUGCAGGAGCCCAGAGUCUUGACUGACAGGCAAAGGACUCAUUGCCAUUCUUUGUGCUGUGUCAAGCAUAGCACCACAGAGAGAGAGGAGAAACUCCUGGCUGGCUGCCACAAUCAGGGCCAAUUAGGAGAAUUUGAUUAUAUGCCUUAAUCUUGGCAGUCAGGUGGAAAAGCAGUCAGACAGAGAAAGAGGAGGCUGAGCAGGUGCCACCGAUACACACCAUUAUCUCCGUCCAUCUCUAAUUGAGUUUGUUUCUGCCCCUGUGAGUGUCUCAUCUCCAAACAAGAGUUUUAAGUGGUGGAGGUUCUUCAAGAGAAAACAGGAAAAGAGGGAGAAAAAACACUUUGUGUUUUCCUUCGGAGACAUACAAUGACUGUAUUCUAUCUCCUUUAUCUCUUUAAACCUAUUUUCCAUCCCUCCCUCAAGAUUUAUCAUCCCAGCUUGGACUUGUCCUUUCUGGAAGUUUCCCUGCAGCUUCCUCUAUCUCCAUAUUGAGCUUGAGAUAAAAGCAAGAGAGGAACUGAUAGGCAUAGAAGGGAAAAGAAGCAGCAAGGUACUGAAUCCGUGGAGGACAGAGCAGACUUUAUUUCCUUCCUCAAUCUCAGACACCCCGAGGCUCCUGCCCAGUGUCCCCAAAACUGCACUUCCUCUUUUUUAAAUUUCCUUGUCUCCUUUGGAGCCCGUUUCCCUGCUCCCCUCCUGGAUCAUACGCUCCAUCCUGGACCUCACCAAGAUUAAAGUGGCCCCAGUUAUCCGAGGGAAUCCUUUGAUAUCGGCUCCCAGUGUUGUCAUCAUAAUUCUGUGGCGGUACAGGCAGCCAGCAGACCAUUCUCCAUGAGGAGCAGUGGAAGAUGCCGGCUCUGCCAGCACUGCUGCUGUCGAUUUAUGUUGUUGUCCUGCUGCUGACUAUGGCACCUCUCUUCUUCAGCCAGGCCAACACCCUAUCUGCCGUCCGGAUGGCGGCCAUUUUGGAUGACCAGUCUGUGUGUGGUCGUGGUGAGCGUCUGGCUCUGGCUCUGGCCAGAGAGAACAUUAACAAUCAGAUGGAGGGUUCCGCCCAGGCCAGGGUAGAGGUGGAUGUCUACGAACUGCAGAAGGAUUCCCAGUACGACACCACUGACACCAUGUGCCAGAUCCUGCCUAAGGGCGUGGUCUCAGUGAUCGGCCCUGCCUCCAGUCCUGCCUCAGGGUCGACCAUCAGUCACAUCUGUGGGGAGAAAGAGAUUCCUCAUGUGAAGAUCGGCCCUGAAGAAACCCCAAAACUGCCAUACCUGCGCUUCGCCUCGGUGACUCUCUACCCGAGUAAUGAAGACCUCAGCCUGGCCAUCGGAUCCAUCCUGCGGUCCUUUGGCUACCCAACAGCUAGCCUGAUUUGUGCUAAAGCAGAGUGCCUGCUCCGACUAGAGGAGCUUGUUCGCCACUUCCUUAUCUCCAGAGAGACGCUGUCGGUACGAAUGCUGGAUGAAAGUCUGGAUCCCACCCCUUUGCUGAAGGAGAUCCGUGAUGACAAAGUGGCUACCAUCAUCAUCGAUGCUAAUGCCUCUAUAUCUUAUCAUAUUCUCAGGAAGGCUAAUGAGCUGGGGAUGAUGUCAGCCUUCUACAAGUACAUCCUCACCACCAUGGAUUUCCCUCUGCUCCAGCUCGAUGAUGUGGUGGGUGACCAGUCCAACAUCGUUGGUUUCUCCAUGCUGAACAUUUCCCAUCCUUUCUACCUGGAUUUCAUCAGGAGCCUGAACUUGUCAUGGAAAGAAGGGUGCAACAUCAAUCCAUACCCAGGACCUGCGCUGUCAUCCGCCCUGAUGUUUGAUGCUGUUCACGUGGUGGUGAGCGCCGUGCGGGAGCUGAAUCGCAGUCAGGAGAUUGGCGUGAAGCCACUGAGCUGCACCUCCCCCCUCAUCUGGCAACAUGGGACCAGCCUCAUGAACUACCUACGCAUGGUGGAAUAUGAUGGUCUGACAGGCCACAUUGAGUUCAACAGUAAAGGACAGAGGACCAACUACACCCUGAAGAUCUUGGAGAAACACCCUGCAGGCCAUAAAGAAAUUGGCACUUGGUAUUCCAACAACACAUUGGCAAUGAACUCAACUUCUUUGGACCUCAAUGCCUCAGAAACACUAGCUAACAAGUCCUUAAUUGUCACCACUAUACUGGAAAACCCAUAUGUAAUGCGCAAGUCCAAUUAUCAGGACUUCCGUGGAAAUGAUCAGUAUGAAGGUUUUUGUGUGGACAUGCUGAGGGAGCUGGCAGACAUCCUGAAGUUCUCCUUCAAGAUUAAGCUGGUGGAUGACGGGUUGUAUGGAGCACCUGAACCUAAUGGCAGCUGGACCGGCAUGGUGGGGGAGUUGAUCAACAGGAAAGCUGACCUGGCCGUCGCCGGCUUCACCAUCACCUCAGAGAGGGAGAAGGUAAUUGAUUUCUCCAAGCCAUUCAUGACUCUGGGAAUCAGCAUCCUCUACCAAGUGCAUCUGGCUCGAAAACCAGGUUACUUUUCCUUUCUCGACCCGUUUUCUCCUGCUGUUUGGCUUUUCAUGCUGCUGGCCUACCUUGCUGUUAGCUGUGUUCUCUUCCUCGCCGCCAGGCUCAGUCCUUAUGAGUGGUACAACCCUCACCCAUGUUUACGGGAGCGGCGGGACAUCCUGGAGAACCAGUACACACUGGGAAACAGCCUGUGGUUCCCAGUUGGAGGCUUCAUGCAGCAAGGCUCAGAGAUUAUGCCGCGGGCCCUGUCCACCCGCUGCGUCAGCGGAGUCUGGUGGGCGUUCACUCUCAUCAUAAUCUCUUCCUACACGGCCAACCUGGCAGCGUUUCUCACCGUACAGAGAAUGGAGGUGCCGAUCGAGUCUCCCGAUGACCUGGCAGACCAAACCAACAUCCAAUAUGGCACCAUACAUGGAGGGUCCACUAUGACCUUCUUCAUGAACUCGCGGUACCAGACGUACCAGCGAAUGUGGAACUACAUGAAGUCCAAGCAGCCCAGUGUGUUUGUGAAGAGCACAGAAGAAGGUAUCGCCCGUGUCCUCAAUUCCAAGUACGCCUUCCUGAUGGAGAGCACCAUGAACGAGUAUUACCGCAGCCUAAACUGCAACCUCACGCAGAUCGGAGGACUGCUGGACACAAAGGGAUAUGGCAUCGGCAUGCCGCUGGGCUCUCCAUACCGAGAUGAGAUCACGCUGGGGAUCCUGCAGUUGCAGGAGAGCAACAGGCUGGAGAUUCUGAAGAGACGCUGGUGGGAGGGAGGCCAGUGUCCUAAAGAGGAGGACCACCGAGCCAAAGGUCUCGGCAUGGAGAAUAUUGGCGGGAUCUUUGUAGUUCUGAUCUGUGGCCUCAUCGUAGCUGUGUUUGUGGCCAUCAUGGAGUUUGUGUGGUCAACUCGCCGCACCGCUGAGACAGGCGAGGUCUCUGUUUGUCAGGAGAUGUUGACAGAGUUUCGAAAUGCAGUUUCUUGUAAGAAAAGUUCCCGGGCUCGUCGGCGACGCCCCCUGAGCAGUGCUGGGGGUGGAGUUCUGCGUCACCCCUCCCGACUAGCCUUAGCAGGCCCUAGGCCGAUUCGGCUAGUCCGAGAGAUGCGACUCAGCAAUGGGAAACUCUACAGUGGCACUGGGCCCCUGACUGGGGGCUUGGCAGGGCUGGGGGCAGGUAUGGCGACCGGACCUGAUUUGGGCCCAGGGCCACAGAGGCUCUUGGACGAUCCAUUAGGUGUCAACUCUGCCUCUAGUAACCCUCCUCCACCUCCCCCCAUGCCAGCCUUUGAGGCUCCGCCCGCCCCGCCACGCAGCUUCCUGCAGAGCUGCAGCCAUGUCCGCAUCUGCCAGGAGUGCCGGCGGAUCCAAAGUCUGCGGCCGGCCACACUCACCCCUCCCCCACCUCCUCCACCUUCUUCCUCCUCCUCUGCCUCGUCCUGCUCCCGAAUCCCUCCUUCGCUGGCGAUGUCGGGACAUCACCAUCGCCAUAAUCCCCACCACCACCUCCACUACCACCACGGAUCCAUGUCUUUACCCCGCCUCCCUCCACCUCCUCCCCCAAUCUCGACAGACAGAGCCGACAGUGAUGGGGGAACAGCAAGCCCACUACGGGCAAAAAACAGACCCGCACCUCCACCCAGGCCGCCGCCUGCCAAAGGACCAACAUACCCACCAACGGACUUACUUGGGGGACACAGUUGUGCUUAAAAACAUUGAGUAAAGACUCAAAAGAUACAUUUUAAAACAUUCAAACUUUUCCUUUGGCCCAAGCAGCACAGCUGUACCUGUCCAAACUCCUGAGGAAGAGGAGAGGAGAAGCUAUUUGGACCCAUUUGUUGGGCGGAACCCUCAAAGUGGAGCCUUUGGCUCAGUUCAUACUAUAAACCUUUACUGAGUGAUGAUUGAUUCUAAGCUCUAACCUUAGCGGAGAGGAUUAAAUAAAUUGAACUCUGGAAUUUGCAACUUGAAGCAGUUACAUGAAUAGGCAAACAGAGAAUUAGGGAACAACUUUUGAUUCAGUCCACCAUCUCUUACCUCGGCAAAUCCUCCCACUGCAAGAAUAGACGACUUUGAGACACAAACACUUAGAGGUCACGGUUGUUUUUGUUCUCUUUUUGUUUUCUUUUUUCCCCAUUUGAAUACUGAAGUAGGUGUUUGAGUAAGAGGAAACCUUCCUGCAGAAAAGUGGUAGCAGAUCAGUUGUACAGUAAUCAUGGUCUUAUGUCACUCUUUUGAACGUUUGUGGAAGGAGGAUGUAGCUUUUUUUCCUCAUACUGUUUUGCUGUUUGUAAAGAUUCCUGCUGGCUGGUGCUGUGAUCCACAGAGCAGAUAAACAAAAUAGUUAUUACUUGCCUAAAGUGUUCAAAACUGUGCUGAGGUAGUUCUUCUGUUACAUAGAAAAUGUAUCAAGUCAGAAAAAUGCACUGUGAGGCAUCUGAUGGUAAAGAGCUGUGAAGCAACAAGAGUUCAUUAUUUUUAUAAAGAAAAGAAAAAUCAAAGAAAAACUUUUGAAAUCUUUGAGAUGUCAUGUUACACAACUUCAAGAUGUGACAACCAGUUGCAUAGCAAUGUUUUUCGGUAAAAAAAAAAAAAAGUAUUAUUUUUAGCGUUGUUUGGGGAGAAGAACAUCACUAAAGGCCUUUGCACACCAUGUCUCAGUGCUUCAGUUUAUGUCAGCAGAGUAAUCAUGCACAUGAAUGUUAUUGUCUAAAAUUAAUUCUGAUGUGCAUCAACCAUUCAGAUAAAAAGAACAGUAACUGUUUAUAGAAGUGUGCAGUCUCCUUUUAGAUGUGCUGAUCCAGUAUUAUCAGCAGCAUGCAUGAAUCAAUCAGUGGUCACAUAUGUUUUUUCAGCUGAAGUCUUCUUCAUGGUUGGUUGGAUGGACCAACUUUUUACUUAUUUUUCUACUGUAAAUGACAGCAAAACCGCCUUGACAAUAUAGCAUUUCUAUUCUGCCUUGUAUUGCAGAAUUUCCACAAAGGUUUGAUUAAUUAAACCGUUGGGACAACAUUUGCUAGCUUUUGACACUUUCAAAUUUGUUAGAUGAUGGGUUAAGAUAAUAUAAUAUAUGUAUACUUGUGCAAAGGCCUUUUGGUUUGUAGUUUUUAAUUUAGCAUAUAAGGCUAUUUCUAUUACCGAAUGACACUGAUGUCACAAAAUGGAUGAGCAGGUGAAUUAAAAAUACACCUCAAGAUGUCACUUUAACAUAUAUUUUUAUACACAUUAAGUUAAUGUAAAAUUCAGAUGUAUACAAUUUAUACUGAGUCAAGUUAGCAGUUUGAAACUCUUUCUUAGCAUGCUAGGCUAAGUGAGGCUAACAAGAAUGGAAAACUAAUUUCAAGAUGUUCCAGUUAGCAGGCAAAUGGGGAAACAUCUUCAGAGCUUAUUUAGAAAAUAUAUUUUUGAUCCAGCCAAAAAAUAUCAGUUUUAUAUAAUUUUAUGUAAAACCAAGCUGCUUAAUUAGGGAAAUAGCAGGGUUAUUUCCACAACGUUACCCAUAGCUUAAAGCUAACUAGGCUGUUUUUAAAAAAAGGAUGAAUAAAUGGCCACAAUUGGAAUACAAAAUAUAAUAUUAAAGUGCAUUAAAACUGGAGAAUAUUAUUUCAGAUAAUAAUCAGAAGAUACAGUAACCAGAGUUGUACCAGAUUUUUAUCCCCUAAUACUGAUCCAAGUCAUUUAAGAUCGGUAAUUCUGCAAAAACCAAUAUGUAUUGGCAUAGUGUAACUGUGUAUCACCAAAGAGAUUUUAGAUGCGAUAAUAUUUCCUAUUUGUCUUUCUUUUACGAUAGCAUAACACUUGCAUGUUUCCUCUCUCUGGUUAUGACUUGGUAACUCAGCUCAUAAAACAUUUUUGUAUAAUUUCAGUAAUUCUUGUGCAGACAAACCUUACAGAGAAAGUUCUUUGAACAUUGUCAGAUCUCCUAGCUAAAUGGAGAAGCAUCUGAACACAAAGUGCGGAGUGGGUCACAUGACACAAAUGGGAACUGCUUGCAGAUUAUCUUUCACUCCGAGUAUCACUGUCAAGGGAAGACAGAAAUAGUUAAAUUAUGUACUUGGCAUGCAAUGCAGUUUUGCAAUGCAUGCCUGUACAAGUUUGUCAUGUGUUUUUGCACAUGUCAAUCAAAAUAAAACCACAAAACGUACAGUAAUGAAAUGCCUCAAAUUGGAUGCCCUCGAGGACCGCAAUUUGAUCCUCCGGUCUUGUCGAGUGUUUUCUGUUUGACUGCACAUAAAAUGUUCGUGUUAUUAAACUUACCAAUUCGAACUGGUCAGCUCAGUCAAUGUUUUAAGGUGUAGACGUGACCAAGCUAAUGCAGCUUGUUACGAUUUAAAUUUCUAAUGUCAUAUUUUUUUUGUUUGUUUUAUGAAUGAAGAAAAAACUGAAAACUGUGAUCUUUCAAAUGAUGUUCAAUUAUAAAAACUGCAUUGUUGUGUCAAGUUUGAAACUUGGAACGCUGUCUAUUCACAGUGCAGGAUAUGUGGAUUUUUUUAGUUUUUGUGGAGCAUAUCUCAGAUAUUAAAAAGAAAUUGCAGCUCGGGAAGAAGAAAAGCCCGGCUGCAACAAUACUUAACAUGCCAUUGACUGGUGUUUGCAAAGCAACAAUCUAGGGCUGUCAUCUUCUUUUGGCGUUCAUUUUCUUUGCUGCUGUUCCCCAAGAAUGAAGAUAAGGAAGACCAUGGAUGUUAAGUUGUCCAGUUUCAUAAUAGUAGUAAGGUAUUUGUUGUUUAAACUCUUAAAUUAGGCAUUUGUAAGCAUUUGGCGGGGAUCUCAAGUACUUGCAAAUUUCAGCUUUUGCCAAGCAGGUAUGGUCCUGAACCCCAGCAAAUACCGAGGAUGCACUGUAAUGUUUGGGGAUUUUUAUUUCUUAACGUUGCAGAAACUUUUGCAAACCUAAUAAAACAUUCAAAGUUGUGUUAAUUAAGACUAUAUGGACCCUUUUACUUCUUAUAAAGAUGCUUGAAAAAUAAAUUUACUGAACAUACAGUGAGUGAAGAACUACCUCAGUGCAGUUCCGUCUGUUUUAGGUCAGUUUAUUCCGUUUAUGCUGUUUUUAGGCUGUUUUUGUGGCUCAAAAGAGCUAGGAAACUUUGUACUGUACACACACCUAAGAACACCCAUACAUACAAACACACAAGCAAAAACACAUUUGACUGUAAACUUGGUGGACAAACUGAAGCAAAACAACACACUAAAUUUGUGAUUGUAUUUUCAUUGUGUCCAAUUGGAGUGUUUCUUGCAAUAUUAUUAUAUUUUUUUAUAUAAUAGAAAUUUUUCUUGAAGAUUCAUUUAUAAUCAAAUUCCCCGACCCUGGAUCAUCAUCGACAUGUCGGUUAUGAAUAGCAGUUCCACAUGUAAAGGCUUACGGUUGUGUAACUGUGAUUAGAGAAAAAUGAAACAUUGUUUUGAAGAGCAGUGCCUGUACGUUUUUAUUCAUUUUGUGAUCUUAUUUCACUUUUUCAUACAAACUGUAACAUCAAGGCAGCAGCAAAUGUGGAGAAUGUUGAUGAAAACCUAAAUGUCACUGACUAAUUAAGGUAUGUUCAUGCUUGCGUGUGUAUGUGUGUGUAAGACUGUGUGCUUGGCUAUCUUUGUGAGAACUAAGGUGAGUUCAGGCGCUGAAAGUUUCAGAUCAGGGUCUGAAUGGGGCUUAAGUCAUUGGGAUAAUGCAUGUCCUCACAAACUCAGCUAUGCAAGAGUGAACAUUGGUCUGUUGCACAUUUGACUAUGUUUGGGUUUUUGUUUUGCUCCCUCAGAUUUGUACCAGCAGAUUUCAGCUGUUCACACCAGAACAGGGACGACAGAAGGACAUUAUUCUGAUGAUUCUGAUGUGAUCAUGAUUAUUAUCAAUAUUGAUGUGUCGGGUGACUCUACGAGGGGUUCCUCCCGCUGAUGUUCAAUAUAUAGACACAUAUUUGGAAUAAAAAACAACUUUUAAAAAGUCAUUGUAUUGAAAAUGCAUUUGACUACGAUGUUUUUAUUUUUUAGUUGGUAGUUGUUUACUGUUUGUCUUUAUCACUGGGGAAUAAUUUAACCAGAUCUUCAUAAAGGUUUGUGAGCUUUUGUUACUACACAAUUCUUUAAAGGUUCUGCUACAUGUUUUUUUACUUUGACUAGACCACUGCAAAACCUGGGUUCUUUUCUUUUUCAACCAUUCUGCUCAAGAUUAGCUGUUUGGGACUAUUGUCUUGUUAAUUAACCAUUUUCACAAAGGGUUUAGCUGUCAGUCAAAUAUCUUCACAUCUGAAUUUACAAACUGAAGUUGAUUCUGAUUGGACGGCCUUGCUAGCUUGGCAGCUAGCUUGGAUGUUUUGAUUUGUUGUGGCGUUACGAAGCUUUGCAGAACAUCUCAGCCUUGUUCGAGAAGUUUCAUGAUUCAUCCUCUAUGUUUCAAGAGAGCAAAGAAAAAAAAGCUGGACGUUUAUUUUUCAGCUGAU